UCUCUACACCACAUAUAUCAUCAUGGACACCUGGGCGCUGGGGAACUGGGCCUGUGAUCUGUGGUUGGCCAUCGAUUACGUGGCCAGCAACGCCUCCGUCAUGAACCUGUUGGUCAUCAGUUUCGACAGGUACUUCUCAGUCACCCGCCCGCUCACCUACAGAGCCAAACGGACCACCAGACGGGCCAUGAUGAUGAUCGGACUGGCCUGGUCCAUCUCCUUCGUUCUGUGGGCUCCCGCCAUUCUGUUCUGGCAGUACUUCGUGGGAGAGCGAACGGUUCCGGCUGGUGAAUGUUACAUACAGUUUCUCUUCGAGCCCAUCAUCACCUUCUGCACGGCCAUCGCCGCGUUUUAUCUGCCCGUCACCAUCAUGACCGUCCUGUACUGGUGGAUCUAUAAAGAGACGGAGAACCGCUCCAAAGAGCUCGCCGGACUGAAAGGGUCGGGAAACCAAGGGGGUCAGGAGGAAUCCUGUGAGGUCAGAGGACAGAGGAACUCUGGGAAGAAGAAACACGGACGCUUCCGCUUCUGGCUGCCGUGUCGCCGAGGAGCUCGAAGACGCGCGGGAGACACCGACCGCAGUGACAGCUGGAACAACAACGAGAUGAGCGCUUCCAUCGAUCAGUCGGAAGAGGACGACGAAGAUGACAGAGAAGAACCCAAAGCCAUCUUCUCCAUCGUCGUGAGCGUGCCCGGGAUCAAAGGGGGCGAGCGGCUCAGACCGCCGGAGGACGCAGAGGCGAGACCCUCCAGAAAGGGCUUUUCCAAAACCGCCCUGGACUCAAAAGAUCAAUCCGACGCCGCUCUGACCAAACACAAACACAAACACAAGACGCAGGUGAACAAACGCAAGAAGAUGUCUCUGGUGAAAGAGAAGAAAGCAGCUCAGACGCUCAGCGCCAUUCUGCUGGCGUUCAUCAUCACGUGGACGCCGUAUAACAUCAUGGUUCUGGUGAACACGUUCUGUACGGACUGUAUCCCGCAGACGCUGUGGGCUCUGGGUUACUGGCUGUGUUACGUCAACAGUACGGUCAAUCCCAUGUGUUACGCUCUGUGUAACCGAACCUUCCGCAGCACCUUUAAAUCCAUCCUCACGUGUCAGCGGGACCAGAAGAACCAGCAGAGAGAAGCAGCCGUGGCCUACAGAAAGAAAGCUGAAGUCUAGAAUCCUCUAUGUACUUUACUGUAAAUAUGCUGUUUCAUGAAGGGCUCUUCUGUUUCUACAACAUAAAUGUGUCGUGGCCCGUCAAACGAGAAACAAACAAAAGAAAACGCUAGAAAUAUCAGCAGGAUUUCACUCACAGCAUCUGAUGACAUGACCUGACCUGACCUGAGCGGUGUGUGUGUGUGUGCGUGCGUGCGUGCGUGCGUGCGUGUGUGCGUGUGCGUGCGUGCGUGCGUGUGUGCGUGUUGACAUCCCUUACAAACAAGAAGUUUAUUCAAGUGUGCUGUAUGUACUUUCAGUCAAAUGACACUUAUACUUGACCUCUACUGACAGAAAAGUGGAUUUGACCUAUACUUCAAAUCUGUUUAAAAUACACAUGACACACAUUUAAAAAUCAACAGCUACACAAGGAGUGUAUUAAUAUUAUAUACAAAUAUAUCAAUCUUAAAGGGAUACUUCACCCCAAAAUGAAAAUUCUCUCAUCAUUUACUCAACACACAGGAGGAUAUCUAGAAGAAUGUCAGAUCUCACCCACCAUUUACUGCCACAGUAGGGAAAAUAAUCCUGUGGGAGUCAGUGGGGGAUAAGUUUGACAAUCUUACAGAUAUCUGUCUGUGUGUUCAGCAGAACAAAGAAAUUCAUACAGGUUUGGAGUCAAAGUGUACUUUCAUCAACUGAAGAAAGGUGCUACAAAUAUUGAACUAGUAAACUACCCGUACAUCUAUGAAGUUUACUUAGUUUUUUGUAAGGGAUGCCUCCAGGAGCAGUUAAAAACAUCUUGUGACUCCUCACUUUUCUUAUAUAUUUUUGGACAUGGAAAUAGUUGUCUUUAAUAUUUUCAAUUUUCCUGUAAAAGCAAGCCUGUCAGGUAUUUUGUCACUUUUAUUGUGUAAUGUUGAUUGUUGGUUGUAUGUGUGUUUAUAAAAGGUUGUGGCUCUUUGUGUUUCAGACCUGAAUGUUUUACUGCAGCUGAAGUUUUGUGAGACCUCGCAUGAAAUGUGAACACACACUUCCCUCUAGUGGCUAGAAUCAAACCUUCAGUCUCUCAAUAAACACCCUGAAGAGUCACAGACACAUAUAAAAUCAAUCUCUGUUCUUCAGCUUGUAUUCAACAAGAGGUUUUAUAUUUUAGUCUGUUAAAUAAAACACUAACACACACACACACACACACACACGCACACACACACACACACACACGCACACACACACACACACACACACACACAGAGAGAGCGAAAACACAUCUCAUGAAAUAUUCUGCUUUACUGUUUCUUCAUUCAGACUGAUUGUUAUGCUUUAUUUUAGUACUGUAGUACAUGGAGUAAUACAUUAAAACUGUUGUACAAAGUGUUUUUAUAGUCACUGUUAUUUUAUGACUCUCAA